AUGGUCUUGGGCUUCCCUUACGGCAAUUACGCCCGAUCUAUAGCCGCACAUAAUCUUCUAUUCGCGGUUGCGGACGCUGCUGCUGACGUGGCACCAGCUGCUGCUGAGGUGGUGCAGGAUCGUGGCUGGUUCUCAGGCCUUGCUGAUCUCCUGGAAGCUUUUCUCAAGGUCUUAGAGGAGGGUUUGGUCUCUCUGAAGGUGCCCUACGCGUACGGCUUCUCCAUCAUUCUGCUCACCAUCAUCGUCAAGGUGGCGACGUUUCCGCUGACGAAGAAGCAGGUGGAGUCGACGCUCGCGAUGCAGAGCCUGGCGCCGCAGCUGAAGGCGAUCCAGGCGCAGUACGCGGGCGACCAGGAGCGCAUCCAGAUGGAGACGGCGAAAGUGUACCAACGCGCGGGUGUCAACCCCCUCGCAGGCUGCCUGCCCACGCUCGCCACUCUCCCCAUCUUCAUCGGCCUCUACCAGGCGCUUAGUAAUGUCGCUAAGGAGGGCGUGUUGACGGAGGGCUUUUUCUGGAUCCCAUCUCUCGCUGGCCCCACGUCCAUCGAUCCCACCGUCGAAGGCUCUGGCAUCUCCUGGCUCUUCCCCUUCAUUGAUGGCGCCCCCCCUCUCGGCUGGGAGGCCACAGCAGCGUACCUCGUGCUGCCAGUGCUGCUGGUGGUGUCACAGGCGCUCUCCAUGCAGAUCAUGCAGCCGCCACAGACAGAUGACCCGGCAACGCAGCAGAGCCAGGCGAUUCUCAAGUUCUUGCCGCUCAUGAUCGGCUGGUUUUCCCUCACGGUGCCCUCCGGCCUCUCGCUCUACUGGUUUGUGAACAACGUGCUGAGCACAGGACAGACGGUCUACCUGCGCAAGAUGGGGGGAGCUACGAUGCCAGCAGCAGCAGCAGGGGUGGUGGGGGCAGAUGGGGUCAUUGACGUGGGGCUUGUGGAGCCCUCUGCACCGCCCAGCACCACUGCGUCUGCUGUGUCUGCUGCUGUGGCGGCACCAACAGUGACGGCCCCGUCUGCUGGGACUGCUCCCAUGGGGCUGAGCAAGGAGGAGGAGGAGAAGGAGAGGGCCCGCGCUGAAAGGUUCCGGAAACGCAAGGAGGCAGAGGCAGCAAAGCGGGCGGGGAGGACGGUGGGGGAUGAUGGGGGAGCAGCUGCAGCAGUCAAUGUGGAUGACAAGGACAGGGAACGGGCAGAGAGGUUCCGGAAGCGGAAGGAGGAGGAGAAGGCAAGACGUGCAGCCAAGGCGGCAGCUGAGCAAGGGGUGAAACCAGCUGCACCUGUGCAGGCUGAGGUGCAAGUACCAGUUGUGGAGGCUGUUGUCUUGCCGCCAAAUGAGAAGAGGGAAGAAAAGGAAGCACGGACGGAAGAGGUUGUCAUUGUUGAAGUCGUGGAGGAAUCUUCAGUAAAACCUACGUCUUCUGAUGUCGUCGACGAGUUUAUCCAGUUCCUCUUCGCGGCUCUCCUCCUCGCUCGCGCUGCUUGCGGCGCCGUUGCGGUCUGGCUGUUACACGUGGCAAGGCUUUCUUUCCGCCACGUGUCAUUCGACCGCGAACCUUCCGAGCCUCGCGCGGCUGACGGACAAAGCGACUACCUGAGAACCGAAGAUUCCGCGAAGGUGUCUUCUCUGCCCGCUGAACCGCCUCAAGAUAAGCCCGUGGACGCGAUAAGAACAACUACCGCUGAUGACGUCACCGUGCUUGCUAAAAACGACGAUGACGUCACAUUCAGUCUGGAAAUCCCAAUCAACAACACGGCAGGUGACGUCAGGCCGUGCUGCAGCAGCGAACGUGGGAAGACCUAUGACGGGCAGGAGUUUCUCCAGGUGCUUUCAGCGGAGGUGGUUCAGGUGGUUUCAGCAGAAGUGGUGAAGAUGCGUGAGGAACUGGUGGAGGUCGUAUCCGGCGUGGUUGAGGGGAGGAGUGAACAUGGGGAGAGGAAAGGGAGAAGGGAGAGUAUGGAGAAUAAGAUGAUGGUAGAGGGAGUCAGCAAACAGGUGGAGGCGAGUGGAAAAGGGGAGGAGGACGAGGGGGGAAGAGGCGACGGAAUGGAGGAGAUUAAUAGGAGAGCGGAAUUGACAAGGGAGGAGGAGGAAGAGGAGCGAAAGUUGGAGGAAGAGAGGAUGAGACAGGAGAGGGAGCAAGAGAGGCCGGAAGAGAGGGCGGCGUUGGUGGGUGAGCUGGUUGAGAGGCUGUCGGCGUUGCUGACGCAGAGCAAACAGGAAUAUCUGACGCUGCAGCAGCGGGAGCAUCAGAAGCAGCCGGAGCAGGAGCAGGGGCAGGAGCAGGAGCAUCAGCAACGCACAGGAGCACAGCAGCAGCAACAGCAGCAAACGGAAGAAAAGGUAAGAGAGGAGGAGGGGGAGAAGCAGCAGGAAGAAGAGCAGGAGCAACAUCAGGAGCAGCAGGAGCAACAGAAAGAAGAGGAGGCGAAGGAGGAGGAGCAGCAGCAUCAACAAGAGCUACAUCAGGAAGAGGAGGUAAAGGAGGAGAAGCAGCAGCAGGAGCAAGAGGAUUUGAUCCAGAGGGUAAUGCAGGAGUGGGGGAGGGAGAGAGAGGCGUGGCUGCAACGAGUGGAGCAGCUGGUGACUGUAACGAAGGUGACUGAAAUGAGAGAACUCGGGCGGGAGUUGGCGCAGCAGGUUCUGGAGGAGAGAGAGAGGGAGAAGGAGAGAGAGGGGGAGGGCGAGAGGGAGAGAGAGAGGGAGAGAGGGAGGGAGAGAGAGGAGAGGGAGGAGGGGUAUGAGGGGUUGGCACAAGCAGUGGUGGAGCAUUUGAGGAGAGACGAGGAGGAGAGGAGAGGGGAGAGGAGGGAAGAGCUGGCAGACGCGGACAAAGAAGCCCAGUGGGCUGAACAGCAGACCGCCUCUGAAGGUGCUGAGGCGAAUGUGAUCAUAGAGAGAGAAAAGGGAGGUGUGACUGUAACGGAGGGAGGUAUUGCAGGGGAAUGCACGAGUACAGAAGGGGACGGAGCUGGUACACAGGAGAGCGUGAUUAUAGAGGAAGGAGAUGGUUCAGGAGAGGUGGGUGGCACUGCAGAAAGUGUGACUACAGCGGAAGGAUGUGUUCCAGAAGCUGCGGAAUCCGUGGCGGUAACGGAUGGUGCUACAGAAGGCAUGAGUGCUCGGCGUGGACCGGAGCCUGUUUCACCUGGCGCUGCUGCUGGUGCUGGUGCUGCUGCCGGUGCUGCUGGCGGUGCUGCUGGCUGUGGUGGCGGUUCGAAGGGCGAUAGGGGCGUGCGAUUGAGGGUGGCUGGACGGCGGUCGUACAGGCACAUGACUGAAGCGUCUCUCUUCAAUCUGCUGGCUGGGUUCAUGGCGAGACACGGAGGGAGCAGAGGAGGGCAGGGGGAGCGGGUGGAGGGGGAGGAAGAGGAGGAGGAGGAGGAGGUGGGAGAGGGGAAAGAGAAGGGGGGAAUGGUGACUGGGGAGGGGGAGAGGAGGGGCAGUGGAGAGGAGGAGAGGAUGAGGAGAAUGGUGAGACAGAUGAGCUCAGUAAAGGAGGAGGGGGAGGAGGAGAAGGGGGACCAGAGGGGAGCCAGGUCGAGUGUGGAAAGGGAAACGACCGCUGAGAGUAGGGAAGGUGAAGGUGAGACGUCGUGUGUAGGUUCUCCUGAGAAUGCUAAAGGGCGAGAGGGAGAAGACGGAGCGGCAGAGGAUGGGGAAACAGAAAUGACGGCCCUGUCGACUUUGGAGGCCGCAGCAGCUUGUGGUGGUGGUGCUGCUGAGAGUGUGACAGGUGAUGGGGAAGGGGGCGUGGAAAGGAGAGGCAGCAAGGCGGAGGAGAAACGGGAGGAGGAGGAAAUGGAGGAAGAGGAGGAAGGGGGACAAUGGCGGAAACUGCAGUUUCUCGCAUCGACUGAAAAUGGGAUGCAGGAGGAGCAGGAGGAGCAGGAGGAGCAGGAGGAGCAGCAGGAGCAGGAGGAGCAGGAGCAGGACGAAGAGGAGGAGCAGAUGCGUCAGGAGGGGCAGGAGGAGCAGGGGUUGCGUCAUACGGUGAAGGAUGAGAGAGAGAAGGGCAAGAGCGACGAGGGGGAGGAGAAGGAAGAGGAGGUGAUCGAUCGGGCAAAGUUCCUCAAGAUUCUCAAGCAGCAUCAGCGGCAGCUGAAGCGACAGCUGCAGCAGCAGGCAGAGGAGAAUCGUAGAGGCCACCGAGGGAGGGGAAGGAACGGGGACUCGGAGGAGGGAGAGGCUGGAGGAGAGAGGGAAGCGGAAGAGGAUGAGGAAGGGGAGGAAAGGGACGAAUUUGAGGAUGAGGAUGAUUUGGCUGUGUUGCGCCGGGCGUUGGAGUAUGAAAUGGAGUUGGUAGAUUCUCUUAGAAGGGAGCUGGACCAGGAACGGGCGGCGGCUGACAGUGCCGCCCAGGCCAGCAUGGAGCUGAUCCGCCGGCUGCAAGAGGACAAAGCCGCCGCUCACCUUGCCGCCCGGCAGCGGGAGAGGAUUCUGGAGGAGAAGGCGGUUUAUGAUGAGGAGAGGGUGGAGGUGCUGAGGCAGAUCAUGCAGCGGCAGCAGGAGGAGGUAGAGUGGUUGGAAGGGGAGUUAGAGCGGUGCAGAAGGCAGUUGGGGGUGUUGUGGGAGGCUGGGAUGGCUGUGAUGGGGGAGGAGGAAGGAGGAGAGGGAGGGGGAGUGGGAUGGGGAGAGGGUGGAGGGUUGGGAGGGUUUGAGGGGAUGGGAGUGGGGGGAGGAGUGGGUGGGGUUGAUGUGGAUUGGGCGCAGCUGUUGGGGGAAGAAGGGGUGGCGGAUGAUAUGUUGGGGGGAGGGGGGAUGGGGGGAGGGGGGAUGGGGGGAGGGGAGUUGGGGGAAGGGGAGAUGGGGGGAGGGGAGAUGGCGGGUGGGGAGCUGGGGGGAGGGGAGAUGGGAGAGGGACAGACGGCAGUGGGACGAUGGGAUGGGGACGGGGAGGGGCAGAGAGGUGGUUGGGGAGACGAGGAUAGGGAGAUGGAGGAGGAGGGCGUGGGGGAGAAGGAGAGAGGAGGGCAGGAGGAGGGAGGAGAAGGGGGUGAGAAGGUCGAAUAUGGUGGGGAGGACGAGAGGUUUAAAAAAACCAACGGGGAGGAUGGCUCUUCGCAAGCCGAAGGUGUGCGUGAAGACGGAAACAUCAGAGAACCUUUGACAGAGACAAUAUUAGAUAAUGAGAAGGACCUGAGUGUUAUGGAUGUGGGGAGCUUGGACAUGAGUGUUCCAGGGAGUGUUGAAGGGGCUGACGAUUCCAAGCAGGACGACAAGAGGGGUGAGCGGGAUGAGGUGGGUGAGUUGGUGGAAGAAGAGGCGUUGGAGUGUCAUGGGGAUGGGCAAGCUUGUUUUGAGAAUGGGGAUGGGCAAGCUUGUUUUGAGAAUGGGGAUGAGGCUCGCAGACAGGAUGCGGGAGAGGGAUGCAGUGCUGCAGAGCUUGGGAAUGGAAGUACGGAGAAGGAAGGAGAGGAAGAGGAGAGGGGAAGGAAGGAGGAAGAGAGGUUGCUGGUUAAGACGGAAGGGGAGGAGAGGCAUGAGGUGAAGGAGCGGACGGAUGAGGAGGGCGAGGAGAGUAAGGAGAAAAGGGAAAAAGGGGGAGGCGAGAGGGAGGAGGUGGAUGAGGGAGAGGGCGAGGAGAUGAGGGAGGAGAAUGGGGAGACAGGGGAGGGCGAAAAGGAGGAGGCAAAGGAGGAGCGGGAGGGGAGGAUGGAGGCGCAGACAAGGGAAGAGGAGGAAACAGCGGAAGUGUGUGAUGAUGAGGAGAAGAAGGGGGGUGAGGUGGAGGGGCAGGUGGAGGGGGGGAAAAACGAGGAGGGUGGGGAGAAGGGAGGGAGGGAAUGGGAGGAGAGAGGAGAGGAGAAGGGGGAGGAGAAGGGAGAGGAGAAGGGGGAGGAGGAAGGGAAGGAGGAAGGUGAGGAGAAUGCAGGGCUUCUGGAUGAGAUGGUCAAUGGGGAUGCGGGAGGGAACGCGGAAGCGGAAGGGUUGCAUGAGAAUCCAGCGAUGCAUGGGCAUGAAGAGGAGCCGAAGGAGUUGGGAGAAGAGGCUGUGCAAAGGAUGGGGUCUAGCGGAGGUGAAUCGGGCGACCUGGACCAAGUGUGGCGCGAGUUUGAAGCGCAGAUAGACCCGUCUGCUGCUGCAUCACAGCAUGGAAACGCAGAAGCAGCAGCAGAAGCAGCUGAAGGGGAGGCCUCUUUCAUGGGUGUGCCGUCGCCGCUGCCGCCUCUCUCAGUGUUUGUGACGCCAACCAAGGAGCUGCAGCGGCUGAAGAGCUCCUCUCGAGCCAGCUCUGCUAGCGCGGGGGGCUCGCCCUUGGGCUCGCCCCAUGCAGCUGUGGCUGCGAGUGGAAGUGGGAGUGCGUUUCGCUUGCCCAGGCAGCUGACGCCGAACGACCAGAUGAAGCGCGCACGCCAGGAAGAGACGAGGAAGCUUCUGGACUGCCUGACCGUGCUGGACGUGGAGAGUGAGCUGCGGCUGAGGGAGCUGGAAGGGGGGGUGCUGCCCAAGUGA